AUGGUGAUGCUACGGUUGACUGCAGAGCAGUACAGGAAGCUCCCCAUCCUGGUGGACGAGUCCUCCUGCGUGGGAAAAACCUAUGUCAUCACCGGAGGCAACUCCGGCUUGGGCCUGGAGACUGCGCGACACCUCGUCGCUUCGUCCGCCGCGACAGUUGUCCUGGCAGUGAGGAAUCUUAGCGCUGGAGAAACAGCUAAGGCAGAUAUCGAGAAGUCGACAGGACGCAAGGGCGUCGUACAGGUGCGGCAUCUGGAUUUAUCAACCUAUGCUGCCGUUCAAACCUUUGCCAAGCAGAUCUCACAGGAGUUGGACAGGAUUGACGGCUUCGUCUGCAAUGCCGGCAUCAUGAUCGACCAGUGGGAGACUUUCGAAGGCGUCGAGAGCAGUAUCUUCGUCAAUGUCGUCAACACGUUGUUCCUUGGAGCCUUGAUGAUGCCCAAGCUGAGCGAAAGCGCUCGCAAGUUCAGUAUCGAGCCAACGCUCGUCUUCAUUGUCAGCGUGUUGGGAUACACCGUCAAGGCGGAGAUGGACAAGAGUCGCAAUGGGAGCGUCUUUGACGGACUCAACGACGAAAAACGCGCAAACAUGGACUCAAGGUACGCUCUCACAAAGCUCGUCGAGGAAUUUGCUGUUCGUCAAUUUGCGGCCCAGUUUCCCGUAAACCGCACGGGCGUGGUCAUUACUAUGGUUGCCCCUGGUCUCUGCACCACCGGAUUGGGACGUGAUGCGAGGACAUUUACCAAGAUCAUGCAUGAGGCGGUCCGGGCUAUGAUGGCCCGCACAGCGGAAGUGGGCAGUCGCACCAUCCUGCACGGCCUGGUAGUUGGCGCGGAGGGUCAUGGAAAGCUUCUUUCAGGCUGCAAGAUCAAGGAGUUCUGGGUGCCAGACUGGGUUAGUAACGAUGAGGGCCAGCGCUUGCAGAAGGCGACAUGGAAGGAACUCGUUGCCAAGCUGGAGCAGGUGCAGCCUGGAUGUAUUUCUCAGAUUUCGUAG